AUGAGCAGUGAGUUAGUCAAUUACAAGAGACUAGAGAAGGUCGGCGAAGGCACAUAUGGUGUUGUGUACAAGGCGCUUGACCUGCGCCACGGUCAAAGAGUCGUCGCCCUGAAGAAGAUCCGGUUGGAAAGCGAGGACGAAGGGGUACCUAGCACUGCGAUUCGCGAGAUUUCCCUGCUCAAAGAGCUCAAGGAUGAGAACAUCGUGCGUCUGUAUGAUAUCGUGCAUUCCGAUGCUCACAAGCUAUAUCUGGUGUUCGAGUUUCUGGAGCUAGAUCUGAAGAGAUACAUGGAGGGCAUCCCCAAGGACCAGCCGCUGGGCGACAAAGUCAUACAGAAAUUCAUGAUGCAGCUGUGCAAGGGCAUUGCGUACUGCCACUCGCAUCGUAUCCUACAUCGAGAUCUGAAACCGCAGAACCUCUUGAUCAACCGAGAUGGAAACCUGAAGCUGGGCGACUUCGGGCUCGCUAGAGCCUUCGGCGUGCCUCUGAGAGCCUACACGCACGAGAUCGUCACUCUGUGGUACAGGGCCCCCGAGGUGCUGCUCGGCGGCAAGCAAUACAGCACCGGGGUCGACAUCUGGUCCAUCGGCUGCAUCUUUGCCGAGAUGUGCAACCGGAAGCCCAUCUUCAGCGGCGACAGCGAGAUCGACCAGAUCUUCAAGAUCUUCAGGACCCUGGGGACCCCCACCGAGGCCAUUUGGCCCGACAUUGUCUACCUACCGGACUUCAAGCCCAGUUUCCCCAAGUGGCACCGCAAGGAGCUGGCCAAAGUAGUCCCCUCGCUAAACGCGCAAGGCAUCGAUCUACUAAACAACCUACUAGCCUACGACCCUAUCAACAGGAUAAGCGCCAAGAGAGCAGCGAUGCAUCCAUACUUCGAAGAAAUGCUAACCUAG